CGCCGCCGCCCGCCCGGCAGCCCAUGCCCGCCGCCGCCGAGCUGGAGGAGCGCUUCGGCCGCGUCCUGAGCUCCAUGAACCUGCCGCCCGACAAGAUGAAGCUGCUCAGCCAGUACGACAACGAGAAGAAGUGGGAGCUCGUCUGCGACCAGGAGCGCUUCCAGGUGAAGAACCCGCCGUCCGCCUACAUCCAGAAGCUCAAGAGCUACUUGGAGACGGGCGGCGUGAGCAGGAAGUUCAAGAGGCGAGUGCAGGAGUCGACGCAGGUCCUCCGGGAGCUGGAGAUUUCCUUGCGGACCAACUACAUCGGCUGGGUCCAGGAGUUCCUCAACGACGAGAACAAGGGGCUGGACGUGCUGCUGGAGUACCUGGCCUUCGCCCAGUGCGCCGUCACGUACGACAUGGAGAGCGCGGAUAACGGGAGCCCGGGCUCCGACAAGGGCAAAUCCCUGGAGCGCUCGGUGGAGGACCUGAGCAAAAGCAACUCGUCGUCCCCCACGCAGGGCUCCUCCAAAGCCCGGCACCUCACCGUCAGCUGCUGCCUCUCGAACCAGCACCUCCACACCCUCCUCCACCACGUCCACCCCAGCGUCCCCUGCAGCGCCCCUCGCAGCGACGGGGACAGUAGCCCCAGGUCACCCGGCAGCUCCUAUACGCCCCGGCUCAACCCGGCGCACAGCAGGAAGGCGCUGAGGAACUCGCGCAUCGUCAGCCAGAAGGACGACGUGCACGUCUGCAUCAUGUGCCUCCGCGCCAUCAUGAACUACCAGUCUGGCUUCAGCCUCGUGAUGAACCACCCGGCCUGCGUCAACGAGAUCACGCUGAGCCUCAACAACAAGAACCCCAGGACCAAGGCGCUCGUCCUGGAGCUGCUGGCCGCCGUGUGCCUGGUCCGAGGCGGCCACGACAUCAUCCUCGCCGCCUUCGACAACUUCAAGGAGGUCUGCGGCGAGAAGAACCGCUUCGAGAAGCUGAUGGAGUAUUUCCGAAACGAAGACAGCAACAUCGACUUCAUGGUCGCCUGCAUGCAGUUCAUCAACAUCGUGGUGCACUCGGUGGAGAACAUGAACUUCCGCGUGUUCCUGCAGUACGAGUUCACCCACCUGGGGCUCGACCAGUACCUGGAGAGGUUGCGUCUCACGGAGAGCGACAAGCUGCAGGUGCAGAUCCAGGCCUACCUGGACAACGUCUUCGACGUGGGCGCCAUGCUGGAGGACACGGAGACCAAGAACGCCGUGCUGGAGCACAUGGAGGAGCUGCAGGAGCACAUCGCCCAGCUGACGGAGAAGCUGCAGGAUGCGGAGAACGACUCCAUGGCCAAGAUAGCGGAGCUGGAGAAGCAGCUGAGCCAGGCGCGCCGGGAGCUGGAGGCGCUGCGGGAGCAGCUCAGCCCGCCGCGGCCGCCCAGCCCACCGCCGCCGCCGCGGCCCCAGGACUCGUAUCGCCUGGCCCUGGAGCGCCGGCUGGCCGAGCUGGAGGAGAAGGGCUUGGUGCACAUCCUGCGGGGGCCCGACGGCGACGUCGCCAUCGAAAUCGUCCCCGUCGUCAUAGAAACCGCCGCGGCCCCCGCGGGAACCGGAGGCAGCGCCGGCGACGCAGAUGCUCCAGCUCCGCCGCCGUGUCCCCCUCCAGCGCCGCCCACCGCCGUCCCACCGCCCCCGCCACCCCCGCCACCCCCGCCGCUGCCCGAGGCCAGCAGCCCGGCCCCCUCGGUGCCCCCCGCGCCCCCGCUGCCCGCCGCCGCCACUGCCAUCCCCCCGCCGCCUCCCCCUCCGCUGCCAGGUGCCAGCGUGCCCCCGCCACCCCCACCGCCCCCCACGGGGCUGGACGGACCCGUCCCCCUGCCUCCGCCACCCCCACCCCUCGGCGGGGAGCCCCCGGCCGGGCCGGAUGCGCCCCCCACCGCUGGUUCAGUGAAGGUGAAGAAGCCGAUCCAGACCAAGUUCCGCAUGCCCGUCUUCAACUGGGUGGCACUGAAACCCAGCCAGAUCGAUGGCACCGUCUUCACCGAGCUCAACGACGAGAAGGUGCUGCAGGAGCUGGACAUGAGCGACUUUGAGGAGCAGUUCAAGACCAAGGCCCAGGGUCCCGGCCUGGACCUCAAUGCCCUCAAGGUCAAGGCCACGCAGAAGGCCCCAAGCAAGGUGACCCUCAUCGAGUCCAACCGGGCCAAGAACCUGGCCAUCACCCUCCGCAAGGGCGGCCGCAGCGUCCAGGACAUCUGCACGGCCAUUGAGACAUACGACCAGCAAGCCCUGAGCCUCGACUUCUUGGAGUUACUGCUGCGCUUCCUGCCCACUGAGUAUGAGCGGACGCUCAUCUCCAAGUUCGAGCGGGACCGGCAGCCACCGGAGGAGCUCUCGGACGAGGACCAGUUCAUGAUCAGGUUCAGCAAGAUCCCGCGCCUGGCUGAGCGCAUGAAUGUCAUGAUCUUCCUGGGCAACUUCAGCGACACGGCCCAGCUGCUCAUGCCGCAACUCAACGCCAUCAUCGCCGCCUCCAUGUCCCUCAAGUCCUCCACCAAGCUGCGCAACAUCCUCGAGAUCGUCCUGGCCUUCGGGAACUACAUGAACAGCAGCAAGCGUGGGGCGGCCUACGGCUUCCGGCUGCAGAGCCUCGACGCGCUGCUGGAGAUGAAGUCGACGGACCGGAAGCAAACGCUGCUGCAUUACUUGGUGCGGGUGAUCACGGAGAAGUACCCGGAGCUGACCGGCUUCCACACCGAGCUGCAUUUCCUGGACAAGGCGGGCACAGUGUCCCUGGACGGCGUGCUGCAGGACGUGCGGAGCCUGCAGCAGGGCAUGGAGCUGACCCGCAAGGAGUUCAUGCGGCAGGACGACAGCCCCGUGCUCAAGGACUUCCUCAAGGCCAACUCGGAGGUGAUGGAGAAGCUGCAGGCCGACAGCAAGACCGCCAAGGAGGCAUACGAGUCGGCCGUGGAGUACUUCGGGGAGAACCCCAAGACCAGCCCGCCGACCACGUUCUUCCCCAUGUUCGCCCGCUUCAUCAAAGCCUACAAGAAAGCAGAGCAGGACAUCGAGCUGUGGAAGAAACAGGAGGCCGCAGCCAAAGAGGCAGAACUGAGCCCCCCCGGCGGCGAGGAGCCGCUGGACAUGAAGUCGCCCAUCCAGAAAGCCCGGCGGCAGCAGAUGGACAUGAUCGCUGAGCUGAAGAAGAGGCAGAUGGUGAAGGAGCCGCUCAUUUACGAAGAAAAAGACGGUGCCAUCGAGGACAUCAUUUCAGAUCUGCGGAACAACCCCUACCGGCGCGCCGACAAGGGCCGCAGCAGCGCCAAGAAACGGGCCGCCGGGCAGAGCCUGCAAGUGACGCCCGACAUCUCGCUGUGACCGGCGUCGGGGCGGCCGGCACCCCCUCGGUGCAGCUGGGCCCGCAGGCUCGACGCCACGGGGAUGGCGCCCGCGCCUCGCUCCCCGAGAUGCUUUGCGUGCCGGCCCCCCGCCCCGGCUCCGCACGGAUCGGGCGCAGGGAGCCGCCGGCGCCUGCUUCGCGAUGCCCCCGCGCUCCUCUCCUCCAGGCUGGCGGGGACGGGGGACCCUUGCGGGGACGGUGGGAGGGGGAGAGCGCAGAAAGGGCCCCCCCCUUGCUCCUGGGGGUUGCCGCAUCCCUUCCACCGCCCCCCCGGUGCUGUUGCCCUGUGCCCCCAUCCGGGGGGGGCAGCCCGGUGUGCGGGUGAGCCCCUCUCCUCCGCUUGCUGAUGCCUUUGGCCCGUUGCAGGAGGGGAGGCAGGUUAGUGGUGGGGACCCGGGGGGGCCCUCGAGCCCCUCCCCGGCUUUGCCGAAACCCCGUCACCACCUGACGGUCCCCUUCGCUGCAGGGCCGAGUGCUGCGUGCCCCCCCCGGGGCGGGCAGGGGUGCUAAUUCACCAUGAUUUUAUACGUCUUCCUUGAGAUUUCUCUGUGCUACGUAUGACAGCGGGGAGGGGACCGGAGCACCAGGGAUGAUGCAGGAGCUCAGCUGGCUCCAAGGCCUCUCCCUCGCCCCAGGGAGGCUCCACAGCUACGACAAUCAUCCGGGUCAAGGGGUUCCCGUCCUUGAGUGCCUCCAAGGUGGUACCUCGCCCUGCCCUGCUGCAUCCUCAGCGUCCGCCUCCAGGCUCAGGGCUGGGGCCUCCCGAAGCCACCAGCGGCCACCAGCCACGGGGCUGCUGCUGGAGCAGCAACCUGCAGCAGGUGCUGGGCAGCCUCCAGGCCUUGCUGCCGCCGUCCCGGAGCGGUGCGGGGUCGCAGGAAAGGGCUGGGCUGCAGCCGGAGAGCCGCGCAAACCCCCAGCUAAAGCCCUGGCCCUGAGUCCUCCCCUGGUGCCCAUCGGUAAAGCAGAACCACGUGCUGCUGCAAUUAGUUGCUGCAGCUCCUCGGUCGCAAACGCCUCCUACUCACCCUUCUACGAGGACGCCCGGCUGCCCUGUAUAUUCUCGCUAGGCCCAGCUUAGUCCUCGUCCUAAGCCAGAGCAGCGAUUGCUUCCCGCUGUAAUUAAGAUGCUAAAUGCCACCGGCUCGGUGUCACGUACCCAAGCUCAACAGGGAGGGAAGGGAAAUGAAUGUGUAACUUAUAAAUGCCUUUAAGCCACAAAUGUAAAACAUUACCUGCUAAUUUGUAUACAUUAUUUUUAUAUACUGAGGGCCUGUUUAAUCUACAGCAGAACUGAUAAUAAACCAACUCCAAGGA